UGGGUCAGACAGAGAGCGAUAUAGAAAUGAGUCAAGCUGCCUUAAAAAAAGGAGAUCAAGAGACUAGUGCCAGGAAAUGAGCAUAUACAGCAACAGAUAGAGACGGUGACAGGAGACAGGGAAGUAACCGGUCUUAAAAGAAAGGCAGCUAGUUCUACAAUUGUGCGCAUUAUAAGGGUCCACUGCUUUUACGGGUUUAACAAGCAUUGCUUAAAGAUAACAUCACGAAUUCAUAUUCAAUCAUUGGGUUUGUAUUAAAGUCCAACCGACUGCUGUAUAUAUAGACAGUAGGCAUGGCGAGCAUACCAAACGGAACACAAAUGGAGGACGAGGAAAAUUUUGAAGAUGCCUUUGAAAACAUCCCAGUGGCAUCCAAAAUGAACUUGAAGACUUCUUUAGAGGAGUGUACGAUGGCAUUAAACCUGUUCCUCAACAACAAAUUUUCAGAAGCCUUGAGCUUAUUACGUCCAUGGUCUAAAGACAGUGUGUACCAUGCCCUUGGCUAUAGCACUAUAUUGGUAAUGCAAGCAGCAAUGACCUUUGAGCAACAGGAUAUACAGAUGGGCAUCAGCACUAUGAAAGAAGCUUUGCAGACCUGCCAAAGAUUCAGAAAAAGAAACACGGUUGUAGAGUCAUUAACUAAUCUGGUUUCCAAGCAAUCUGCAGAUCAGCUUACAGAUGAGGAAAUGCAUGCAGAAAUAUGCUAUGCCGAGUGCCUGUUGCAGAAAGCAGCAUUGACGUUUGUGCAGGAUGAAAAUAUGAUUAGCUUUAUCAGAGGGGGACUUCGAAUCAGAACAAGCUACCAAAUAUACAAGGAAUGCCACCAUGUACUGCUAAUGACUCAGGGUAACCAAAACAAAGAUGAAGCCUAUUACCAGUAUGAAGGAGGUGUGAAACUGGGAAUCGGAGCAUUCAAUUUAAUGCUGUCCCUUUUGCCAGCAAGGAUUCUCAGACUUCUAGAAUUUAUUGGAUUUUCAGGAAAUCGGGAGCUGGGCUUGUCACAGUUGCGGGAAGGUGCAGCUACACCAAGCCUGCGAGCUGUACUGUGUGUUUUGACCUUGCUGAUGUAUCACACUUACAUUGCUUUAAUCCUUGGCACAGGCGAAGGAAAUCUGCAGGAAGCUGAGGAGCUGCUUGAACCUUACCUCAGUAAAUUCCCCAAUGGUUCAAUAAUAUUAUUUUAUGCUGCUCGGAUAAAUGUAUUAAAAGGCAAUUUUGAGUCGGCACAGAUCACUUUCCAGCAAUGCAUUGAAUCUCAACAGGAGUGGAAACAAAUUCACCAUCUCUGUUAUUGGGAGCUGAUGUGGUGCCAUACGUUUCAGCAGCAGUGGCUGAAAGCAUACCACUAUGCAGACUUGCUGGCCAAGGAAAGCAGGUGGUCAAAGGCAAUCUACGUUUUUCAGAAAGCAGCCGUUUUGAGUAUGCUGCCAGAUGAGGUGGUGAAAACAACUGGAGAGGAUGUCGUAGCACUGUUCAGGCAGGUUGAAAGCUUAAAACAAAGGAUCGCUGGAAAAUCUAUACCAACAGAAAAGUUUGCAGUAAGAAAAGCCAGACGGUACAUGUCAUCUAACCCGGUGAAGCUGGUACUACCUGCGCUGGAAAUGAUGUAUGUUUGGAACGGCUUUACAAUAGUUGGCAAAAGAGCUGACCUGACAGAAAACCUACUGGUUACAGUAGAACAAGCAGAGAAAGCUUUAAAUGAAGAAACAAAUCCUACAGAAUUCCUUGUCGAUGACCAGUGCCUUGUACAACUGCUGAAAGGACUCACUUUGAAACAUUCAGGGAGACUUCUACAAGCUGAGCUUUGCUUUAGUCAAGUAAUACAAAAUGAGAAGAGAAUUAGAUAUGACCAUUACUUGACACCCUUCAGCUUCUAUGAGUUAGGACUUCUUUAUAAACAGCAAGGAGAAAUUGAGAAGGCCAUCAGGUUCAUAGAAACAGCAAAGAGCAACUACAAAGAUUAUUCAAUGGAAUCUCGGUUACACUUCAGGAUCCAUGCCGCUCUAAACAGCCUGAAGGGAUCUCCAGCCACUACACCUUGAACUUGGCUCAAGUCUUUCUUUUCUAAGUGCGUCUGCAAUAAGUAACAACCUGUUUACGGGUAGCAACAAGAUAUUACAAAGACAAGAAAAAAAAGGAAGACCGAAAAUAAAUGACUACUAAACUAGGAAUAGUUUUCUAAGUUUGUGCUGUAUGCCAGUUAUUGUUCUCAGAUUUGUUUUUGAGCGUUGCUUUUCUAUGGUGGAUGUCAUUGUUCUUUACUAAGGAAAAUAUAUAUUUUGUUCCUUGUACAAAAAUGUAUUUAAAAAUAUAAAUAGAUUGUAUUAUUUAAAAAAUGCUGACAGUGCAAUAAGUCAAAAAACUGAAUUUAGACACUGUAUUUCCCAAAUGAUGCUGAUCUUUAAUUGUAAUGGCACAGAUGGUACUCGAUGCUCUUACUGUUUCUUUAUGCAUUAUGUGCUGCUGUAACUAAAAAGAAACUGUUUCUUGUGGCCUUCAUACUUAAGAAUAGUUACUGGCUAUGCAGACAACCUUUGUCAGUAUGCCUGUAAGAGAGAGACAUUGGUCAUAGAAGAUGGUGUCGAAAAAGCUAUUAAAAUAUACUUUAUAUGGCUAGAACAAACAUGGCCAUAUCAGACUGGUUGUAAUUGUAUGGUCAGCCAGCAUCAUUAAGAAAGGUUUUUGAAUUGUGAUAUUCAUAACAUCUAAAUAUUACUUUGGGUCUACAAAGCCCAUUUAGUUAAUUAUGCUACGAGAAAUGAUGACAGCCUGUGAAGUCAAGUAAUAAAGCUUUUUUCAGUCUC